AUGGAGCAUUACCAGUCUGAGAUUGAAAUGGGUGAGAAGAGAGUAUUCUAUGUGUUGGCUGUAGGGAUGAGUCUAAUGGUGGUUGGCGUGGAUGCUAGGAAUUGCGACUCACAAAGCCACCACUUUAAGGGAUAUUGCUUCAGUGAUAGAAACUGGGGUAAUGUCUGCCAAACAGAGGGCUUUGUUGAUGGACAAUGUGAAGGAUUCCCUUCAAAAUGCUUUUGCAUCAAGGCUUGUCAAAAAAUAAUUAAUGAAGAGUUUCAAAACAGAAAAGACAGAGAAGUUUGA